CUCGCGGGAAUUGGAGGCGUCUUGUCCGCAAGGCUUCUCAGAAGGCAAUAAGGCCCCAAAGGAGGGAAACGUUGCGCGCACCGCCAGGCCUCCGCUGCGCGGGAGGAGGCCGUGUAGCUCCAGAAGGCGGGCUGCCUCCGCCAGCCUGGCCUGGAGCUCCGCCCCGUACGUGGCCAAGUCCCGUAUCGUCGCCUCCGCCUGCUCCGCCUGCCGCGCCGCGAAGCCUCGCAGCUGCCGGCACUCGAGGUCCUUGGCCUCGAACUCCUGCUGUAGCUCCGUGAGCUCCCUCUGCUGGCGCGCGUCCGCGCGUGGGUCCGCGGCGUCCGGCGCCGCAAAGCUCGGCGCAGCGGCGGGCCCAGCAGCUCGGCCGCGGUGCGACAGGCGCUCGGCCAGCCUCAGGUUCUCUUCCGCCAGGGCCUCCAGCUCCUGUUGGGAGGAUCUCAGGAGGGCCCUGCACUGCGACGCUUGCGCUUGCUCCUCCUGUACCUGCCGCCGCAGGUCCUGGACGAGGGUUCUGCCUCCCUCGAAUGGUGUUCCUGUCGUUGGAGAAAGACUCGAAGCUCUGAGCGUGCUGCACCGACGCCUCCACGAGCCUCUCUGUCAGGAAGUAGUUCUCGUCCCGCAGCAGCUCGACGCUACUCGUGGCCUGUCUCUGCGCCCGCACUUCGGCGAGGCGUCUCUGCAGGCUGCGAACCUCGCUCGCGAACGCGACGUUCUCGGCCUCCGGUCGGGGUGAACGAACUGUCUCCUGCAUUGUCGUCGUCGCCGCACGCGCCGCGGCCGCGGACUCGACUCCGCCGGGCGCCCGUGCGCGGGCACCCAUUCGAGGGCCAGCAGGCGAGCGCCGGCCAGCGAGCGCCGAACAGCUGCCGCGAGCCGCACGAGCUCUUGGGCGCAGCACGGCCGAGGCAGGCAUCGCGGUACAGAGAAGCUGCUACGGGGGGGCACGGGGCCUCCUGAGAAGGGUCCAGAGGCUUCUCGGAAGCCUUCUCGAUAGCAAAAGGGGGGGGCUGCUGAGAAAGCGCCCACCUUCUCAGACACAUCCCCUCCGCCUUCCUAGGAGUGCCGCGCGCGUCGCGCCGCGUUCCCCUGCGCGCGCCGCCAAGAGGACGAGAACAAGAGGAGGGCGAGGAGGCGGAGGAGGAGGAGGAGGACGAAGAGGAAACCGCAACUCACUAUUAUUGUGGCUCGUGCCGCCUCGAGAUCCGCUUUUUGGCGGAAGCCCGAGCGGCCGCUGCCGCCCCGCCGCGCGCUGCUCCCGCUGCC